GAUUUCCCGACACCACAUCCGCCGCCGCCAUGGCCAGCACCUCGCCGCCCCUGAAAGACGAGCUCGACAUCGUGAUACCGACGAUCCGAAACCUGGACUUCCUGGAGAUGUGGAGGCCCUUCCUCCAACCCUACCACCUCAUCAUCGUCCAAGACGGCGACCCUGCGAAGAGCAUCAAGGUCCCCGACGGCUUCGACUACGAGCUCUACAACCGCAACGACAUCAACCGCAUCCUCGGCCCCAAGGCCUCCUGCAUCUCCUUCAAGGACUCGGCGUGCCGCUGCUUCGGCUACAUGAUCUCGAAGAAGAAGUACAUCUUCACCAUCGACGACGACUGCUUCGUCGCCAGCGACCCCUCGGGGAAGCCCAUCAACGCGCUGGAGCAGCACAUCAGGAACCUGCUGUGCCCCUCGACGCCGCUCUUCUUCAACACGCUCUACGACCCAUUCCGGGAGGGCGCCGACUUCGUGCGCGGCUACCCCUUCAGCCUGCGGGAGGGGGUCCCCACCGCCGUCUCCCACGGCCUCUGGCUCAACAUCCCGGACUACGACGCCCCCACGCAGCUCGUCAAGCCGCGCGAGCGCAACACCACCUACGUCGACGCCGUGCUCACCAUCCCCAAGGGCACACUCUUCCCCAUGUGCGGCAUGAACCUCGGCUUCGACCGCGACCUCAUCGGCCCCGCCAUGUACUUCGGCCUCAUGGGCGACGGCCAGCCCAUCGGCCGCUACGACGACAUGUGGGCCGGCUGGUGCACCAAGGUGAUCUGCGAUCAUCUAGGGUUGGGAGUGAAGACGGGGCUGCCCUACAUCUGGCACAGCAAAGCGAGCAACCCUUUCGUGAAUCUGAGAAAGGAGUAUAAUGGGAUAUUCUGGCAAGAAGAGAUCAUCCCUUUCUUCCAAUCGGCGACGCUCUCCAAGGACUCAACUACUGUGCAGAAGUGCUACAUUGAGCUGGCCAAACAGGUGAAGGAGAAGCUCGGCAAAAUCGACCCGUAUUUUGUCAAGCUCUCCGAUGCAAUGGAGACGUGGAUUCAGGCGUGGGACGAGCUCAACCCCCCUACCAAGACGCCUCCUACUGCUAAGCCGAAGUCAUGAGCAACGCAUCAUAAAUUUUUGUUAUUCCUUUUCAUAAAUUAAUCAUCAGUUUCUUCACCGCCUGCAGUUUUUGAUAAUCUGUGUAUCGAUCUAGUGUUUGUUGAUGAAUAUAUAUAGAUAUCUUUGUUGUUGAAUGAGAAGCGCGAUAGGUUCAUUCCUAGAAUUAUGCAAUAAGGUUACCAAAGUUGGGAGAGCAAAGCAACGGCUAAAACAUAUAUAGAUUUAUUUAUUUAUUUUA